CGACGAGCACAUCGUCACCGACUUUGAAUGAAUGAUUCAUUCGUAAUUGGUUUGCUUGUACGACCAUGCGAAUCUGGGAGUCGGGUCAACUCUUGUGUGCGCGCUUCAUAAUCGCCGCCAUGUGGGCGAUGCAGUCAUCAAGCGCAGGACAACGACUGUCUGGGCGCAACCGCGAUGGUCGUAGGAAAUCCAAGGAAAGAUCUGAAGUCGAAGAGCGUUGUAGGCAUGGUAAGGACGCUUGGGGCGGCAAAAGAMGGGGACAGGAUGUUGGGGAGGGCCGUGGUGGGGAGAAUGAACGGGUUCUUCUUCGUCCAAGAAUAGAGAUGGAGGAAAGGGGAGUAAGGUGGGUAACAGACGGAGAUAAAACCAGGGGAAGUAAAGGCGGUGAAGAUGAGAAGGAUGAAGUCAGGGGUGGUGAAGUGGCUGAAGCGGACACAGGGGGGGCAGUCGYAGGUGAGACCCAAAGAGGGGACUCUGCAGGUGGUAAUGCAGGCAUGGCCACAGAUACCAUGGAGGAGCACACCAAGACCGAGGGCAACACAACAGUUGUGGUGGCCACGGAUGCCAUGGAGGAACACACCGAAACCAAGGGCGACGCAGCAGCCGUGGUGGCCACGGAUGCCAUGGAGGAACACACCGAGACCAAGGGCGACACAGCAGUUGCGGGUCGAGUUGCUCUCGCGGAAUCAAUCGUAGAAGCAGCCAAGGUCGAUGGGGAAGAGGCUGCGAACCGAAAAGGGGUAGCCAGGGUCACAAACGGCAUGGAAGGGGUCAUUACGACUGAUGAGGACGCAGGUGCAGCAGAUGCAGGUAAUGAAGAAGAGGCUGUGAUAGGUGUGACAGACGCCGGUGAUGAAGAAGGGGCUGUGACAGGCGUAGUAUACGAGAACGUAUUCUUCGAGGAUGUCCCUGAAAAUGUCGUUCAUCGUCGUCUAGAAGGUGGCAGGUUAUACAUCAAGAGCAUCAAGAUUAUCACCAUUGUCAUCUCUGCGGGGAAUCAUCAUCCGGAGUCAUUCAUACUAAACUCACUGAACGACCACGGAUGUUGGCUAGUGGCAGCCGAUGCCGGUGCAGUACGUCUAUUUGCAACAACGGUCCAACCGACCACGUCGCAAAAGAGACAAGUUGCAAGGGCAACUGCGAUGAUGUGUUGUGAGGAUGUGAGACCAUUUUUCAUUGUAGAGGUUCUAAGGUUGUGUCGGUACUUGCAAGUUAUUCUUGACAUCGGGAUCAUUGUCGGUAGGGGCAUGAAGGUAGAUGAUUUGAUUCCCUCACGCUUCACAGUUAACCGUCAGGUGAUAGGCAAUGAGGAAUCACUUCGUGAUGUUGUCAAAGCAAAGUUGAAAGAACACGUUGCCGAUAAGAUGCAUGCAGGGUUUACAGUUGACCUGUGGACCGACUCGAUCAAGAGAACGUCUUUCAUGUCCAUCACAAUUCACUAUAUCGACAACGCUUUCAAACUGCACGUACGAACACUUCAAGUACGACCAUUGCACGAUGAAUCACAUACCGUUGUCGGUGUCUUGAAAACAUUCAAGGAAUGUCUUCAGGACUUUGGGUCUAAUGAAAAUGAAAGGUGUGUAGUGAGUUCAGAUAGUGGAUCAAACAUGUGCGGUGCUCCAGAGCCCGAUACCUUCUUCCUAAUCCCAAAUGAGGGAGGUGGGGGAGGAGGAGGAGGGGGGGGAGAAGGAGGAGGGGAGGAGGAGGAGGAGGAGGAGGAGGAGGAGGAGGAGGAUUGGAAUGAUGAGGGAAGGCAAAUGAAGCCAGAGGCGGAGGGGGAUCGGAAAGGAGUGGUGGAUCAGAAAUAAUGGGAUUUAGAGCAGGGACGGGAAUAAAAGGUAUUGAGGCAC